AUGGAACAGUGUAUCUAUCUAUCUAUCUAUCUAUCUAUCUAUCUAUCUAUCUAUCUAUCUAUCUGCUCAUAUCUAUAUAAGCUUUUUUUUCAUAUUUAUCUAAUGGACAAAUUUUCACGAGAAUUUAUCCAUCUUACCUUCUAUCCUUCUAUCUAUCUAUCUAUCUAUCUAUCUAUCUAUCUAUCUAUCUAUCUUUGUACUAACUCUCUCUCUCUCUCUCUCUCUCUCUCUCUCUCUCUCUCUCUCUCUCUCUCAUUUGCAAAAUUAUUGUGCUUGAAAGAUAUCAACACAUGCGUUAGCCUCCCACGUGAUCUCUACACAUUUGUGCGCAAAUUACAUCAGUAUGCUUGCAUCAUUCUAUCUAUCUAUCUAUCUAUCUAUCUAUCUAUCUAUCUAUCUAUCUUCGUCUGUUGUUUAUCUAUGUAUCUAUCUAUCUAUCUAUUAUCGUCAUGUGAUUAUCUAUCUAUCUAUCGUCAUGUGAUUAUCUAUCUAUCUAUCUAUCUAUCCCCGUCUGUUGAUUAUCUAUCUAUCUAUCUAUCUAUCUAUCUAUCUAUCUAUCUAUCUAUCUAUCGUCAUGUGAUUAUCUAUCUAUCUAUCUAUCUAUCUAUCGAUCUAUCUAUCUAUCUAUCUAUGGCUUUUUCCCUUUCUAUGUCUUUGAAACCGUGUUGGCUUUAUAUUCUUAGUGUUUUUCUUUUUAUCUUUCUCUCUUUUUUAUUUCUCAAUAACUUUGUUUCGUUCUUUCUUUUCUUCUUCCUUUCGUUUCGAUUUUAUAUUCAUAUUUUUUUAUUUUUUUCAUUCUCUCUUUUUUUUUCCUUUCUAAAUAUCUUUUGUUCUUUUUUCUUUUCAUCUCCCUCUCUUUUCGGAUUUGCUUUCAGUUUUUCAUUCUUUCUUUCUCUUUUUUUAUUCCUUAUUAAAUUUCUUUCGUUCUUUAUUUUGUUUCCUUUCUUUUCGAAUUUACAUCAUUUUUUUUCCUUUAUUAUCUUUCACGUCUUUUGUCCUUUCUUUCGUCCUUUUUUCUUUCUUUCCGUAUUUAGAUUAGGUUUUUUUCUUUCUCUUUUUAAUUCAGACAAUCCUUCCUGCCUUCCUUUUGAUUUACAUCUUUUCUUUCGUUCGCUAUCCUUUGCUUACUUUCUUUUAGAAUCUCAAUUUUAUCUUAUUUUUUUCAUUGCUUUCUUCUUUAUGCUUUCAUCUUCUAUCAUUCUUUCUUUAACCAAUUCAUCUCCUUCUACAUUUUCAAUGACCCACAUUAUAUGA